AUGAAGAUACAGAAGAUGAACUCCACCACCGUCACCAAGUUCCUUCUCCUUGGAUUCCCGGCUCUGAAUGGUUACAAGUUUCCUUUUUUCUCCAUUGUCCUUUCCAUGUAUUGUAUGACUAUAUGUGAGAACCUCCUGAUCAUUCUCCUGGUGUCCACAAGCCAACGUCUCCAUUCUCCGAUGUAUUUCUUCCUUGGACAUUUGGCCCUGACAGACAUCAUCCUUAUAACAAGUGUUGUCCCUAAGAUGCUGGAUGUUAUCAUAAGAGAAGGAAGUGUUAUAUCUUUUUCUGAUUGUUUUACCCAGUUUUACCUUUAUGGGGGAACGGUCAGUGCUGAAUGCUAUUUGCUCACAGUCAUGUCCUAUGACCGGUACUUGGCAAUCUGUAAACCGCUACAUUAUGUCUCAAUGAUGAGUGUACAGCUUAGAUAUAGCCUGGUCGUCUCUUCCUGGGCCCUCAGCUUUAGCAUAGCAGUUAUAACAGUUUUCCUUGUGUAUGACUUAGACUUCUGUGGGCCAAAUGUUAUUAACCAUUUCUUGUGUGAUUUUUCUCCUCUUUUAGAACUUUCUUGCUCAGACACAACUGUUAUGGAAAUUGAAAUUAUCGUGGCUUCUGUUCCAGUAAUUCUGUUUCCUUUCUUAUUUAUUAUUAUAACUUAUGUUCAUAUCUUCAUCUCUAUCUUUGGAAUUUCCUCCACAUCAGGCCGGAAAAAAACCUUAUCCACCUGUAGCUCUCACCUCAUAGUUGUUUCUACCUACUAUGGGUCCAUGCUCAUAAUCUACAUGGUCCCUCAUAGAGGACAUUCAGUGUCUAUAAACAAGUAUAUUUCCCUUGUCUUCAUUGUGCUGACCCCUCUUCUAAACCCUGUUAUAUACAGUCUAAGAAACCAAGAGAUUCGUUUGUCUGUAAUAAAAUAUCUAACGCUCUGA